UUAGAUCGCAUGGGGCUAGGGUGCUGACAUGGAUAGAAAAUUGGUUGGCAGACAGGAAACAAAGGGUAGGAAUUAACUGGUCUCUUUCAGAAUGGCAGGCAGUGACUAGUGGAGUACCGCAAAGCUCGGUGCUGGUACCACAGCUAUUUACAAUAUAUAUUAAUGAUUUGGAUGAAGGGAUUUAAAGUAACAUUAGCACAUUUUUAGAUGGCACAAAGCUGGGUGGCAGUAUGAACUGUGAAGAGGAUGCUAUGAGGAUGCAGGGUGACUUGGACAGGUUGGGUGAGUGGGCAGAUGCAUGGCAGAUGCAGUUUCAUGUGGAUAAAUGUGAGGUUACCCACUUUGGUGACAAAAACAGGAAGGCAGAUUAUUAUCUAAAUGGUGUCAAGUUGGGAAAAGGGGAAGCACAACGGAAUCUGGGGGUCCUUGUUCAUCAGUUACUGAAAGUAAGCUUGCAGGUACAGCAAGCAGUGAAGAAAGCGAAUGGCAUGUUGGCUUUCAUAACAAGAGGAGUUGAGUAGAGGAGCAAAGAGAUCCUCCUGCAGUAGUACAGGGCCCUAGUGAGACCACACCUGGAGUUUUGGGUGCAGUUUUGGUCUCCAAACUUGAGGAAUGACAUUUUUCCUAUGGAGGGAGUGCAGCGUAGGUUCACAUGGUUAAUUCCCAGGAUGGCGGGACUGUCAUAUGUUGAUAGAUUGGAGCGGCUGAGCUUGUAUACUCUGGAAUUUGGAAGGAUGAGAGGGAAUCUUAUUGAAACGUAUAAGAUUAUUAAGGGUUUGAACACGCUAGAGGCAGGAAACAUGUUCCCAAUGGGGGAGUCCAGAACCAGGAGCCAUAGUUUAAGAAUAAGUGGUAAGCUAUUUAGAACGAAGAUGAGGAAAACGUUUUUCACACAGAGAGUGGUGUGUGUGGAAUUCUCUGCCUCAGAGGGCGAUGGAGGCUGGUUCUCUGGAUGCUUUCAAGAGAGAGUUAGAUAGAGCUCUUAGCAGAGUUAAGGGAUAAGGAGAGAAAGCAGGAACGGGGUACUGAUUGUAGAUGAUCAGUUAUGAUCACAUUGAAUUGCGGUGUUGGCUCGAAGGGCCGAAUGGCCUACUCCUGCACCUAUUGUCUAUUGUCACCUCAAAGCUAUGUCCUCCUGUGACUGCAGUCCUAUCUAUCCUUUGGAAUAGCCAAGUAAUCACUUCAGCUUUGUUACUAUACAAAUGGAUCACAAUUUUCACCUCCUCAGGGCCAUUAGGAAUGGGCAAUAAGAUCUAGCAUAACCAACAAUGCCUACAAAUAAUAAUUGACAAAUAAACUUAGUACCACAGGGAUAGGGAAGAUACACUUUGGGGGAUAUUCCAAUUCUACAUCAUGAUAUGAUUGUCUGAUAUAGAGAGGACCAAAUUCAAUUGCAAAGACCCCUCUCCAGGUUUGUGUUCCUGUGCUGAAGAGGUUCCUAGGCAACAUGAAUCAGCGCUAAAGGAUGAUCAAAAAUAUUAGCUUGCUGAAUGUAUACAAACUCUCCUUCUUUGGCCAAAAUCCAAAUCCUGCCAUAAUGUAACACUGAAGUAUUCCACUAAAAGUGCUAACUUAACAUGUUUUCCCAUUUACAGCUCAAAUAGACCGCUAGGCAGCAAAUCCAUUUUUUGUAAAGUGAAGGAUCACUCUAAUCCAUUGCCAAUGCUCUUACUUUGCAAAAGGAACAAGAAAAUCAAUCUUUAACCAGCAGACGCAGGUGUGUGAUAACACCGGAAGCAGUUUGCCUUAAUAGGGAUCUUUCACAUGCUUGGCACCAUUCCACAAAUGACAGGCUGGGCAGGACAGGGCAGAAUUUGAUGUUGUGCAAGAGCUGAAUUCUGAUGUGAAUGAUGGAGCAAAGCCUGUCUGAUGAUAGAGGGCUGGGCUCUUGUUCAUGUCUGAAUCACAUUAAUCGCCAUUUAUUACUGGAGAUUCUGAGAUGUGUCACAAUUAGUCAGGCAGAGAGGCAGUAUAAGUUCUCUGGAUAAACACCUUGCUGUACAUUUCUCCUCCUGCAAUAAUCAACGCCAGUGAAACUGUUGUCUGGACUGAACUCCUCAGUUGAAAAUGAAUGCAUUCUUGUUACUGAGUGGUUGUAGCUUUAUUUUUACAUUGUCCUAUGUCUCUGGAACCUACGUUUGGGAUGGUAGAAGAUACAUAGAGUGUGGCUGCAAUCACAGAGCUAGACAAUGUGUGUGGGAUCCUCUACUGCAUGAACAAACCGGAAGUGGUACACGCUGUUUGAACUGCGUUGGUCACACCGAGGGAACACACUGUGAGAAAUGCAAGGAAGGUUUCUACCCGACCUACCAAGGGGGGCACUGUCAGCCCUGCUAUUGCAAUUCAUUGGGUUCCACAUCUCGCAGCUGUGAUGAAUAUGGCCGCUGUCGCUGCAAAGCAACAGGAGUAAUUGGAGACAAGUGUGACAAGUGUCAGCCUGGUUUUUACUCGUUAUCCAGCAGUGGCUGCAAGCGCUGUACUUGCAAUAUGGCUGGUGCUACACGGAUCUGUAACGCUGACACUGGAGACUGCAGUUGUAAAUAUAAUGUUGAAGGAUCCAACUGCAACCGAUGCAAGCAUGGUUUUUACAAUCUUCAACCAGAAAACCCCAUGGGCUGCUCAGCAUGUUUCUGCUUCAGACAUUCAUCAGUCUGCAAUGAGGAUGGUGGUUACAGGCAGGACGUCAUCACUUCCACAUUUGAUUCAGAUACUGAAGGGUGGAAAGCUCAGAACCGCCGUGGCCCCGAUCUCCAUAUAAUGAGAUCAUCAUCAUCUCGUGACAUUAUUGUUCAGGCCCAAAAUGAAUACGCAGUCUACUUUGUUGCUCCAGCCAAGUUUCUGGGAAAUCAAAUGUUGAGUUAUGGCCAAAACCUCUCCUUCACAUUCUACUUGGAACGGGGUGGUUCUUACCCAUCAGUCGAAGACAUCAUCUUGGAAGGAGCCAGUCAAACACUAAGUAUACAAGUGAAUGUGCAAAACAACCCAAUGCCAUCCACACACAAGCAUAAAUACAACUACAGACUCCAUGAGGGUCUAGAGUAUGGAUGGAAGCCAUUUAUAACUUCAUUUGAAUUCCAACGGGUGCUUAGUGAUCUCAAGGCCAUCAAAAUCCGUGGCACCUACACCAUACGGAGCCCUGGACAUAUUGAUAAUGUGGUCUUGCACACGGCCCAGCCUGGCAUUGGAAAGCCCGCUCAGUGGGUCGAGAGGUGCACGUGUCCAACCGGCCACGAGGGACGAUUCUGUGAGAAAUGUGCAAGUGAUUACACAAGAGAAAGUCCCCACCUGGGACGUUUAAGCCGGUGUGUGAGAUGCAACUGUCAAAGCCCCAGUGAAACCUGCGACCCCGAAACUGGUUCCUGUUACACCAAUGAUCAAUCCAGAAACUGCCCAGAUGGUUACUACUCUGAUCCUUCUGAAUCAAGUGGCUGCAGGACAUGCCCUUGCCCCGGUGGUACACGCUGCACUGUGGACACGGAUACGAGAGAGGUUAUAUGUGUGGGCUGCCCAAGUAAAACAAUGGGUAAACGAUGUGAAAUGUGUGAAGAAGGGUAUUUUGGGAAUCCUCGAGCCGGCAGACCCUGUCAGCCUUGUAGAUGCAACAAUAAUGUGGAUCCCAAUGCAGUCAAGAAUUGUGAUCAGUGGACAGGAGAAUGUCGUAAUUGCCUCUACAACACCGCAGGCCAUAACUGUGAGAGAUGCAGACCUGGCUUUCAUGGAAACGCACUUGCCUCUAAUCCAUCAGAAAAGUGCAAAUCAUGUAAGUGUGACCCAAGAGGUUCUUGGUCCACCCAGUGCAGGAGCGAUGGGACGUGUGAUUGCAAGCCAGGAGUUUUUGGAGAUCAAUGUGACCAGUGUGCAGGAGACACUUAUUACAACAGCACCACGGGCUGUGAAGCGUGCCCCAACUGUUAUCUGGGAGUCAAAAACAAGAUAUUGAAACACAAGAAUGUGGUCAGAGAUUUGGAAAUUCUCAUCUCCAAAAUGAAGACAAAUGGGAGGCCUGUGAAUGAUAAGGAGUUUGAGGCAAGACUAAGGAAAGCGUCAGCAGACCUCCACAUAAUGAUGAACACAGCUAAAGGGAUUGAGUAUAAAGAUGAAAAUAAUCUCGAUGCACUGAAUAUCCUUAACAAUAAAUUUGGUGCUGAGUCUUAUCAGCUGAACAACAUUGGGAAAUCUGUCGAAGGGAUUAGAAAAUUAACUUUAACAUAUGAAAGUCGUGUCCGGAACACUGACACAUUGCUAACCAAUGUCAGAACAAAGAUCCAGGAAAGCAGGGAUAAAAUGGACCAAAUGCCAUCAUUCCCAACAGAUCCUAAUGGAGGUAGUAUCCCAACAGUUCUAGCUGAUGAAGCUCGUAGACUGGCAGAUAGGCAUCAGAAAGAUGCUGAGGGCAUUGAACAAUCCAGUGACGCUGCCAACAAGUCUGCUUUUAAGGCCCUUCAAUUAAUUACACAAGCAAUCAAAGACGAUCAGCAAACCACACAAUCUGUCAACCUACUAACUCAGCAGUCGAAACAGAAGAACGACAUGACAGAGGAUCUAGACGACCAAGCAAACAGAAUAACCGCAAAAGUAGAAAGAGUCAGCGAGAAGGCCAAGAAGAAUUACAACGAUUUGAAUAAUGUUAUCACAAUUGAUGUAAUGUCCCUUGAGAAUGAAGCAAAUCAACUGAAGAGCAGAGAAAGUGCCAUGAAAUUUGAGUUGAACAGCAAACUUGAUCUGUAUGAAACUUUGAAGAAUAACAUCAGUGACUUCCAGAUAGACAUCACAAGGAUUUUAGAGAAAGGAGACAGAGACAACAGGACAGCUACCUUGCUACAAGCCAGAGCAAAUGCAGCAAAGUACUUGGCUGAAGAUGCUGUCAAAAAAGGAUCAUACACACUGGACCAAGUUGAUCGGAUCAUAAACAACCUAAGAGACUUCAACGCGCGGGUGGCCAUCAAUAAAACAGCUGCCGAAGAUGCUUUGAGCAGAAUACCAUACAUCAUCAGGACGAUUGACAAUGCGAACACGAUGACUGAUCGUGCUGAGAAUCAACUGGGAAAUGCAUUGGCAAUUGCCAAAGAUGCCAAAGGAAAAGCCGAACUGGCAGAUACGAUUGCCAAUAAUAUUCAGAAGAAGGCAGUUGAAUCGCUAUUUGAUGCAGAAGCUGCAUUAAAUGAUAUCAUGUUACUGGAUCAAAACGUGACUGAUGCAAAUAGACAAUUGACACAGCUGGAGACUGAUUUUGCUAAUAAACAGAAAUCUGUGAAUGAAGAUACAUCCAUGGCAGCGAAGAUUGCAGGCACUGUAGGUGCGGCAACUAUGAAUGCAGAAAAUGCAAAGGAUUCAGCGACUGAAACAAUGAAAUUGAUCAAUGAUUUGCUGCAAUCUAUGGGUAACCCAGCCACGAUUGACACUACCAAGUUAGAACAUGUGGAGAAUUCACUUCAGAUCUUCAAAAAUCAAUGGAUUAAUGAACUAGAAUCAAGUUUUCAACAACUGACUGAUGCCGCUGCUGCGCAGAAGCAAACAAUUGCAGCUUUUGACCGCGACAUCGUUGACAUCCGUGGAGAUAUUAGAAAUCUUGAGCUCAUCAGAGACACUUUACCCACAGGAUGCUACAACACUGCAGCAGUUGAAAGGCCUUAAUUGCAUGGUAUUCCCUUUCAAAAGAUGCAUUGCUAACAUUAAAUUAUGAAAAUUUACAGAAAAAAAUCUCACAUUUCAUACAAUACCACAACCAUCCAGAAAAACGGACAAAAUCCAAACAAAGCAACAACAUCUGCAAUUUUAUUAAAUGACAUCUGGGUUUAAUAUUAUAAUUAUUGCAAUACUUAGUCCUUGUCGUACUGUUAAGGGCCUGUUCCACUGAGGCGACCUAAUUGGCGAGUUUAGGAGAGUUUGAAAAGGUGUCAUGUUGAAGACCUCCUUCGACUAUGUUGAAGACCAGCUUCGGGAAAAUUGGACACCGAAUAAUGGAGAGUGAAGGCGACCUCAUUCGAUUUCCUUCGACCUUCCAUCGACUAUGUUGAAGACUAUCUACAACUACCUUUGACUACCUUCGAUUACCUUUAACUACCCUCGAUUACCUACGAAUAACAUGCAGACCUACCACGACCUACCUCGACUAAACCUACGAGUAAAAAAAAAAUUGAAUUUUUUCCAUGGCAACCUUAUUUUACUCAUGGGCAUUUUUCAGCAUGUUGAAAAAUACGCCACGACCUAGCUGAGGCCUUGAGAACGCAGGGACUACUCUCCAGCAUUAGAUUAGAUUAGAUCCUUUAUUUGUCAUUCAGACCUUUCGAUCUGAACGAAAUGUCGUUGCCUGCAGUCAUACAUAUAAUAAUAAACAACAAAACACACAAUAAACACAAAUUAACAUCCACCCCAGUGAGUUCACCAGGCACCUCCUCACUGUGAUGGAGGCAAAAGUCUUAAAGUCACUGUCUCUUCCCCUCCUUAUUCUCCGAGCAUGAAGGAGAGUUACAAAGAUCUCCUAGGACCUCGUGUUGGCCAUGCUGCGAGUAUGAGUCGAGGGCAAACUCUCCUAAACUCGUCAAUUAGGUUGCCGCAGUGGGACAGCCCCUUUACAUUGGCAAUUUUGGUGCUUAUCCCUAACAAUCUGUCCCUUACCACCCUGUCCAAUCUCCGGCCCAUCUCUAGGUUAAAAUUAAGGACAGUGUUAUCAUUUUUCAAACAUUGGUCAUGACCAUAGUAGAAUAAUGUUGUUUAUUUUUCACACACACUAACAGCUUUAUCAUCGUAACAGUUUUUCACUAUUGGUCAUUAUGGGAAAAAGAAAAUGGGUGUGAGCUUCGUUGUGUUAUGAAUAUCAUGGCCUAUUAGUUUCAUCGUGUAGGGGUGUCACUUCAUUUAUUUCACCUGCCAUAAAUUUUACAAAGGACAUAAACCACUGCAACAUGCAAUGGUAAUUUGAGGUCACUGCUGUUCACAGGGAGUGUGCCAGAUGAAAUUUGUAUGAUCACCUUUCAUAGGGUACUUGCUUCAAGAAUGCAACUACCUGAUUACUGAGCUUGAACUUUUUUCAUUCAACACCAUUAGCUUACGUUAGAACACGCAAUAUUCAGAAAGCUUUUGGCAGCAUGAUCACCUUUCACAGCUGCAACCUCAAAAUCUCAAAUGUUCCCCAGGAGAUAAUUAUCAUUGGAGAUAAUCCUGAAUAUUGCUAUAAAGUAUUUCUGAAUCUCAAAAGAUGUGUGAAUGAAUUUAAACAGCUUGAUAAUCGACUAUGGGGAAACUCAAUGAAUGCGGAAUUAUUGAAACCUAAUGCAUACUCCCUCGCAGACUGCACCUUAAUGAAACAAUGCAAAUAAUUGCAGUUUUUAUAACUGGUCAUGGCCUUGGGAAGUCCCAUUAGUGAUUUACAAUCAAAGACUAUGUCAGCAAAAGGAGAAACUACUGACUGAAUCUGGAUAUUUAUAUAUUUGUUGCAUAGACACUAUGUUCUAUGCCGUGGGAAGACUAGACAUGUUUUUGCACCGUGCUUUCCCUGUUCUAAUCACUUGCUUGAACAUUUCAGGCAAGCUAAUUUAGGGAUAAUGUGAUCCAUUCUAGUGAAAUACUAGACAUUUUUGUACCUGUUCUUAUUUAUUUAUACUCUCACUCUGUUACGUACAUUUUAAAUAUAACCAUUGUAGAUUAUGAUACCUCUGAAGAGCUGGAUACUCUUCAUCCAUUUCAUUCAUCUUUCACAGGGCUCAAAUUCAGAAUUUGGAUGCCUGAAAUAAAAUGUCAUUUCAAUCAAACAUUAGUUGGGUGUAAAAGGGACAACCAAUACAUUGGAGUCAUAUAGUGGCAGGGACCAGAGACAAAUUGGUGCUUAGAUGUUUCAGUAAAAUUGUUUGGCUUUUGCCUAAACAUAGCGCAGCCAAGUAAAUGAAGUCACCAUGCUAAAUGAUAUGAGAUCAUGUUACUGCAUGUUACUUAUGGCUCCUGAAUAUGGUCUCUCUUCACUUGCACAAUGGACCUUUAAAUACUCCAUAGGAUGCUCAGAUGUAAUGUUGAAACAUACUAGCUGUAAAAUAGCACUUUCUCCCUUUUCAUCAUGGAUAGGUCAUCUACAAUAUAACCAAACAGGUAUAUUUGAACUGCUGAAGUCUGACUACAAAGUGUUUUUCUGCAUGUAGUUUUAAGAUUCUUUAUUUAAAUGUCUCAGUGUUAAACUUGUGCUUUGAAGACACUUUUGCCUUGAAGUAUUUGAAGUCCUUCAUUUGCAAAUAACUAUGUUUUGUCUGUAAAGUUUAUUCUACCAGUCAAAUAAAAAUAUUUAAAAUAGUUGUUGCAAAUAUAA